AUGACCAAAGUUAUUGUAAAAAAUAUUUCAGCAACCGCUUCUGAAAAAACAGGUUUGUUAAAAAUUAUUCUUUCACUUUCCAAAGAAACAUUUGUUACAACAUGUGAUGGCACACAAGAUGGAGAUGGUAUAAGGCAAGAAGAUAAGGUUAGAAAUGAUAAAGAACCUAUUGUUAAGCCAAAGUCUGCAAUUUUUGCCGAAAUUUUAGCGGCUGGAUACCAACUUCAAGAUACCAUUAUUGAAAAGGGUCUCGAAUUUGACGCAAAGUAUGGCAUCAGUGCUCGUUUAAGCAGUUAUUUAUCAACAAUCCAAGAACAACUUCUAUCGCUUGAAAACAAGUAUCAUGUCUACGAAACUGUUUCCAGCAAGGCCACUGAACUUGAUUCUAAAUAUGAAGUGCAAAACAAGGUGAAAUCUGCAGCAUCACAGGUUCAAGAUAAGGCCACUCAAGCCUUGGAUACUUAUCCAGGCAAACAACUUUACGAAUUUUACUCCAACACUUCAAAACAAGUUAUAGAUGUUCACACUGAAGCCCGAAGAAUUGCAAAUGAAAAGAAAGCUGCUCAAAUUGUAGAUGCUUCUCAUGCUUCUCAACAACAAGAGAAAGUCGAAACUCAAUAA